GGGUUUAACUUUUUGCGUGAGUUCCCUGCCUAUUUAUCACAGGACACAAAUUUUUGUUUAUCUUCUAAAACCCUUAAAAACCCCACAAAAUCUUUAUCCGCUGUUUUAGCAUCUCACGCCUCUGAAUCUUUUCAAUACUUACAGAUAAACUCGAUGGCAGCUCGUUACGGAUCAUCUUCAUUUGCAAGGACUGCCCGGUCUGCAUUUAAUUCUUUCAGGAAUUCUUCGUCUUCUUACUCUGCAUCACAAUCUCCUAGAACUCCUCGCGGAGCAAGAAAUGUAUUUGAAAAUGGUAGCCCAAGCAUGAACAGGCGAAGGCUCGCAGAAACAUUGAUACCUCUACACAAUGUGGUUGCUUCUGCAAAACUCGUGAGCCACUUAAGUGUCAGCUCCCGCAGUUGCCGGACACUCUGUUCAGGUUGACCCUGUUGGAGGAUCGCUAAUGCUGAACUAAGAUUUAUCGUCAUAUGUUUUCUUCAUUUUGGUUGCCCUUAAUUUGGAUGGUAUUAAUCCUUCUAAUUAAUGAUCUGAAGGCAAAUAGUUGCACGGAACAUUGAAUAGGCUUGUAUUUACAUAUGCCACCUGGUAAAACUCCCUACGAUUGUCUCAGUUUUUAAGUUUUAAUCAAACAAAUAGUUCUAUCAUAUCCUGUUUUGACCUUUCAAACUAUCAACUAUGAAUGGCCGUGGAUUUUUCCUUCUUACAUGCCAUGAUCAGUUUUUUCAUGAAGUUUAUUUAGUUUAUCCUCUUGUUUACGCUAUUUUUUUCAUGCAAGUGGAAAAAAGUUUGCAAAAGAAAGACUUUUUUGAUGCAAACCAAAAAAAGUAACGUUCUCCUCAGCGUAGGAAAAGUUCGAGUAAAUAUAUGCCUAUACUGUAACUAUGGUUUAGGCCAUUCCACUUAAUGACAAGUUAGAUAGAAGGCAAACUGUGUAAAUCUGAGUCAAAGGAUUUGGUGUGGUGUUACUAUGAAUUUCUGUCAACAUUAAAUGGGAUGAAAGUAAGUGCAAUUCAAAGUCUCAAUUUGUUUUC